AGGAAGUCUACUCGAUUUUAGUGGGAAAAACGAGUGUACAGUUUAAAGAGGAAACGGCUGAGACGCCGCCAUAGCAUAGCAGCAGCUAAAACUAAGACGCUGGUUUUUCUACAAAUUCCACAGUUCUCUGCCAAGAGUCCAAUCAAUGGAAAUAAUAUGCUCAAUCGAUAAGCAGUUCUCCGACCAAAUUGCCGCACUUCUCAAGCCUCCUCCUCGUCAUGAAGUCCAGAAGUAUUUUGAAGAGCUAUUAGCCACUAGACAAUGCCGCCGCCUCAAAGUUAAACCUACUGCAUAUCACGGGAAGGGGGUUUAUGCUGAGACAGACUUCAAAGAGUCGGACCUUGUUUUGAAGGAUCAAAUACUUGCUGGCGCCCAACAUUCUUCAAAUAAGGUAGACUGUUUGGUAUGUAGUUAUUGCUUCUGCUUUAUUGGGUCAAUAGAACUUCAAAUCGGGAGGAAGCUUUAUUUAGAACAGCUGGGUGUCUCCCCAAGCAGGGAGUCUCACAUGCAAAAAGAUUGUUAUAACUCUGGUUCAUCUGUUGGUGAAGAUGAUUCUGAUGUAGAAGAUCAGCAAGUUUCUGGAGAAUGUGCUUCUAGCCCUUCAAAAGAUAAAAUUCCUCUCCCUAAGGAUGUGGUCGAGUCAUUGUUUAAUGGUGAGAUGCAACUACCAUAUUCUGAGAAGUUCCCAUUGCCUCCAAUUUUUUCUUGUCCUGGUGGAUGUAAAGAGAACUACUAUUGCAGCAAAUCAUGCUCUGAGGCUGAUUGGGAGUCUUUUCAUUCUUUGCUAUGUACAGGGGAGGGGUCAAAGUCAUUAAGCACAAAAGCGCUUCUGAAAUUUAUGGAACAUGCUAAUGAUACAAACGACAUUUUCCUUCUUGCAGCAAAGGUGAUUUCUUUCACCAUCUUGAGACAUAGGAAGUUGAAAGAAAGUCGUCAUGAGGGAAAAGGGAAGCAGGUUAUUUCAGAAAGCAGGGAUUUUUCUUUACUGCUGGAGGCAUGGAAGCCAGUGUCCAUGGGAUACAAGAGAAGGUGGUGGGAUUGCAUUGCUUUGCCAGGCGAUGUUGAUGGUUCUGAUGAAGCAUCAUUUAGAAUGCAAAUAAAAGAGCUGGCGUUCACGGUAAUCUUCCUUGUUUGUAUUAUCCAGUCUCUGCAGCUCCUCAAAGCAGCUAUCUUUGACGAGGAAUGCAAGCCAUUACUCUCCCUUGAAAUGUAUGGUCAUAUUAUUGGCAUGUUUGAGCUGAAUAACCUUGACCUGGUGGUAGAGUCACCAGUGGAGGAUUACUUUCUCUACAUUGAUGAUCUUCCUCUCCCUGGAAAGGAAGAGGCUGAGCAAACUACAAAGCCUAUCCUGGAUGCUCUUGGUGAUGACUAUUCGAUUUGUUGUCAAGGUACUGCAUUUUUCCCCUUGCAAAGCUGUAUGAACCAUUCGUGCAGACCUAAUGCAAAAGCUUUUAAGCGAGAAGAGGAUCGGGAUGGCCAAGCAACUAUAAUUGCUCUUCAACCAAUUGCCAAAGGAGAAGAGAUAACUAUUUCAUAUAUAGACGAGGACCUUCCUUUUGAAGAGAGACAGGCAUUACUCGCAGACUAUGGUUUUAGAUGUCGAUGCUCCAAGUGUCUAGAGGAAGCCUAAUUAAAGAUUAAAGGCAGCUUCUUUGAGAGAAUUUCGUAUAGUCUAAGGGUAUUUUUUACCCUUUCCCAUUAAACAAUUUGUCCUUGAUAUAACUAGUUAAGCAUAAAACUUGAUUAACCUAUUGUUUGUUUCCUGAGAAAAUUGAAAGGGUAGACUGAAGAAAAUUUUGUCGAAUGAGUUGAUUGCAGGAAAGCAUAUUGGCUAGAAAAAUUCCAUGAAAUUGUAGUAAAACUGUCCGGCUAAAGUUAAGAGAAGAUUACAAAGAUGUAAGACCCCGGAUUUCGUGAUUCUUUCUUAUGAAAUGCAUUAUUUUUUCGUCA